AUGGCACAAGAAGAGGUGUUCACUCACAACGGGUUCUACACCGACGAGAGGUGCCACAUCCGCGGACCUAUAGUAUGGGUAAAUGUAUUCGUCGCGACCCCAGAAAACCGGAACAAAACAGAUGCGGAGUUCAUGGAUCUUGUGGCAGAGACCAUCCAUGCCAGAAUUUCCAAGAAAACACCCCAUGCCAGUGUAUCAGUUACCCCCGAGCCCAUGCACCACAGAGUCAUGGGUUGUCUCUCGUUACCGGCACGUGGGGAUUACGGGGCAUUUACACGGUUUUGGGAUUUGUAUUUUGAUGCUUUUCUUAGGGAUGUGUUGGUGUUGGCGCUUUUUUAUCAGGCUGAAUGUGCGGCGGGGAGCAUUGAGAUUGAUCGAGAGACACUGUUUCGGUCGUUUCAUUUGAGGUCGGAUGCCUUUUAG